AUCACUCUGCGGUCGAUCGUUCAGUCGACAAGAGCUUCUCAUCUCGACCAGUGAUCAUCUCUGGUUCAUUCCUCCAGAAUUGCGUGCAUUGAAUGGUCACAGAGUGGAGUCUCUGAAAAUUUGAUUUUUCUGAUAAUGGUCCAUCUAUCACUUGGUGAACAAUAGCCUGGAAAUAUCUGGUGGAAUGGUGAUUUUUAUCAAAAUUUGAGUUCAAAGUACAGAGACAUAUCAAAAAGCUCUUGUGGUGGUAAAAUAGUGUGUUGGAGUGAAAUCGAUAUAAUUGUGGACUUUAAUCGUUUGAUAACGAACUUUGCAAAAUUCUUUCAUCCAUGUCCAAUUAACUAUUACACAUUUGUGUCUCUGCAAAAAUAUAUUUAUUGAAAUAUAAGAGUAUAAAUCAAUUGGGCUUAUCAGUGAAUGAGGGGUGAACAUUGAACCAAUUAAAGUGCUAUUUUUAUUAAUAUAAAAAAUUCUCAUCAAGUGCAAUGACAGUGAAAUUGAACAAGUUUUCAUAGAUUGCACACAAAAAAAAAGUUCAUAUGGAUUUAGUUUAAGUGGUUUUCAUAAACAUUUUAUCAAUUUUACUGUGGGAAAAGUGCUAUAGAAGUCAAGAUGAAUUUAAUAUUGGGAAAGAGUGUUAUAUUGUCUAGGAUGUAUCAGUAUCUUUCGUAUAUGUCUCCUAUUACUCUUCUUGUCUAUGUUCUUUUGAUCACGUUGAUUCUUCUGUAUAACAAAAGAAGGGCUCGAUUUGUGAAGCUGAUUGAUAAGAUCCCUGGACCCCCUGGAAUUCCGAUUUUAGGCAAUACCAUCGAAAUCAAUGUUGAUCAUGACGAACUCUUCACGAGAAUCCUUGGCAUGAGAACACUUUGGGGCCGAAGACAGGGCUUCUGCAGAGCAUGGAUUGGAACGCAACCCUACGUCUUUAUAUCGAAACCAUCUGUAGUUGAGCCUAUCUUAGGAAGUCCGAAGCACAUUGACAAGAGCUCUGACUACAACUACCUACAUCCGUGGCUUGGGACAGGUCUUCUAACCAGUUCCGGUGUUAAGUGGCAUUCACGGAGAAAGAUUUUGACACCGGCUUUUCACUUCAAAAUUCUUGAAGACUUUAUCGAUGUUUUCUCGGAGCAAAGCUCCAUUUUAGCAUCGAAAUUGGCUGUCGAAGUUGAGAAAGAGUCUUUUAAUAUCUUCCCUUACGUGACUUUAUGUACUCUGGAUAUUGUUUGUGAGACAGCGAUGGGUAGACAAGUCAAUGCUCAAAGCAACAGUGACUCAGAAUAUGUUAAGGCAGUUUAUGAGAUUGGUGCUAUUGUCUUGAACCGUCAGGCAAAGAUAUGGCUACAGCCUGACAUCAUUUUCCGCCGAACUAAACAUUUUGCAGACCAUCAGCGCUGCCUCAAGGUCCUCCAUGAUUUUUCCUAUCGCGUUAUCAGGGAGCGCAAGGAGAUGAUAAAGAAGGAGGAAUUGAAGAAGCUUCACAAAUUAACCAACAACAACAACAUUUCUGAUGGGACCUUUGUGGAGAGAGAUACCUCGGAUUCGGAGGAGGAGAGGAUGCAGUUCAUAGCUUCCAGGAGCAUGAAAUCGGAAUCUGAGGAAGAUGUGGUGGGCAAGAAGAAGAGACUGGCUUUCCUGGAUCUUCUCAUUGAAGCUUCCCAAGAUGGACAAGUUCUCUCCAAUGAUGACAUUCGAGAGGAAGUGGAUACUUUUAUGUUUGAAGGACAUGAUACCACGUCAGCUGCAAUCAGUUGGACGCUAUUCCUCAUCGGCUCUGACCCGGAAAUUCAAGAGCGGGUUAUUGAGGAAAUUGACUUAGUGAUGGGAGGAGACCGUGAACGGUCACCAACGAUGAAGGAGUUGCUAGACAUGAAGUACCUGGAGUGUUGCAUCAAAGAAGCACUCCGACUCUAUCCCAGUGUUCCUCUAAUUGCUCGACAGAUCAAGGAGGAUGUCCACAUUGACUCAUACACCAUUCCUGCUGGAACCACCGCCAUGAUCGUCACGUACAUGCUCCACAGAAACCCAGAGAUUUACUACAAACCCGAACAAUUCAAUCCAGACAGAUUUCUGCCCCAGAACUGCCAAGGACGGCAUCCCUAUGCCUACAUCCCUUUCAGUGCUGGCCCGAGGAACUGCAUUGGGCAGAAGUUUGCGAUUCUGGAGGAGAAGUCUGUGAUUUCUGCUGUACUCAGGAAAUACAAGAUUGAAGCUGUAGACCGGAGGGAAGAUCUGACACUCAUGGGAGAAUUGAUCCUACGACCCAAGGAUGGCCUGCGCGUUCGAAUUACUCCACGAAAGUAAAGGCAAUCUCCAAGAGCUGACGCCUGCUGACGACCAUCCCUUGUACAUAAGACAACCUUAAUAUAAUUUAUUUAAUGUUGAAUGAAAACAUGUGAAAUACCUCAAUUUUCUACAAUUUCAAAUUUGUAAAUAAAUUUAUUGAAUAAAUAAGAAAGAUAAAUUAAAA